GCUGCGCGAACAUGGCCGAAGUCGGCGAGGACAGCGGGGCCCGCGCCCUGCUGGCGCUGCGCUCGGCGCCCUGCAGCCCGAUGCUGUGCGCCGCCGCCGCCGCCGCCGCCGCCUUCCCCGCCGCCGCGGCGCCCGCGCCCGGGCCCGCCGCCCCGUCGCCGCCGCCGCCGCCGCCCGCCCAGCCCCCGCCGCCGCCGCCGCCGCUGCCGCCGCCGCCGCCGCCCCCGCCGGGCGCGAUCGCCGGGGCCGCGGGGGGCGCGGCGGGCGAGGCCCUGGUGGCCGCGGCGGCCGCCUCGGUGCGCCGGAGCCCCGGGCCCGCGCUGGCGCGCCUGGAGGGCCGCGAGUUCGAGUUCCUCAUGCGCCAGCCCAGCGUCACCAUCGGCCGCAACUCGUCGCAGGGCUCGGUGGACCUGAGCAUGGGCCUGUCCAGCUUCAUCUCGCGGCGCCACCUGCAGCUCAGCUUCCAGGAGCCGCACUUCUACCUGCGCUGCCUCGGCAAGAACGGCGUCUUCGUGGACGGGGCCUUCCAGCGGCGCGGCGCGCCCGCCCUGCAGCUGCCCAAACAGUGCACCUUGCGGUUCCCCAGCACCGCCAUAAAGAUCCAGUUCACGUCCCUGUACCAUCAGGAAGAGGCUCCGGCGUCCCCCCUGCGGCCGCUGUACCCACAGAUCUCGCCCCUGAAGAUCCACAUCCCGGAGCCGGACCUCCGGAGCUUGGUCAGCCCCGUCCCCUCCCCGACCGGCACCAUCAGUGUCCCCAACUCCUGCCCGGCCAGCCCCCGCGGGGCCGGAUCCUCCGGCUACCGCUUCGUCCAGAAUGUGACCUCGGACCUGCAGCUCGCAGCAGAGUUCGCCGCGAAGGCCGCCUCGGAGCAGCAGGCGGAGGCGUCGGGAGGGGACAGUCCCAAGGAUGAGUCGAAGCCGCCGUACUCCUAUGCCCAGCUGAUCGUGCAGGCCAUCUCCUCGGCGCAGGACCGGCAGCUAACACUAAGCGGCAUCUACGCCCACAUCACCAAGCAUUACCCCUACUACAGGACGGCCGACAAGGGCUGGCAGAAUUCCAUCCGCCACAACCUCUCCUUGAACCGCUACUUCAUUAAGGUCCCUCGUUCCCAGGAGGAGCCCGGGAAGGGGUCCUUUUGGCGGAUAGACCCUGCCUCUGAGGCCAAGCUCGUGGAGCAGGCGUUCCGGAAACGGAGGCAGCGGGGCACCUGCUUCCGCACCCCCUUUGGGCCGCUGUCAUCCAGGAGCGCUCCGGCCUCACCCACUCACCCGGGGCUGAUGUCGCCUCGUUCCAGUGGCCUGCAGACCCCAGAGUGCCUGUCGCGGGAGGGCUCGCCCAUCCCGCACGACCCCGACUUCGGGUCCAAGUUGGCGUCUGUUCCUGAGUACCGGUACUCCCAAAGUGCGCCUGGCUCUCCCGUCAGCGCCCAGCCGGUGAUCAUGGCCGUGCCACCCCGACCGCCCAGCCUGGUGGCCAAGCCCGUGGCCUACAUGCCAGCUUCCAUUGUGACGGCCCAGCAGCCGGCGGGCCACGCGAUCCACGUGGUGCAGCAGGCCCCCCCUGUCACCAUGCUCAGAGUGGUCACCACCUCCGCCAGCUCCGCUAAUGGAUACAUCCUGGCCAGCCAGGCCUCGGCAGGGGCCACCCACGAAGCAGCAGGCACGGCCGUGCUGGACCUGGGCAGUGAGGCGAGAGGCUUGGAAGAGAAACCCACCAUAGCGUUUGCCACCAUCCCCGCUGCCAGCCGAGUGAUCCAGACGGUGGCCAGCCAGAUGGCCCCCGGGGUCCCUGGACACACGGUCACCAUCCUGCAGCCAGCCACGCCGGUGACCAUCGGGCAGCACCACCUUCCCGUCCGGGCCGUCACUCAGAACGGCAAGCACGCUGUCCCCACCAAUAGUUUAGCCGGCAACGCUUACGCCCUCACCAGCCCCCUGCAGCUCCUUGCGGCCCAGGCCAGCUCGUCCACUCCGGUGGUGGUCACGCGGGUGUGCGAGGUGGGACCCGAAGAGCCGGCGGCGGCGGCGGCAGCAGCAGCGGCGGUGGCCACCACCGCCACCCCCACCCCCACCACCCCCACGGCCACCUCUGCCUCCUCCACCGGGGAGCCCGAGGUCAAGCGGUCCCGAGUGGAGGAGCCUGUGGGGACUGGGACCACGCAGGCCGGGGUGAUCACGGCUGCCGGCCCGCAGGGGCCCGGGACCGGGGAGUGACGCCGACCGCCUGGAGUGGAGUGGGACACUUGCCAGAAGGAGCUCUGGAGCCAGACCGAGGCGGCGACGCCGCGGCCACGCGGGGCCGGGAAAGCUCCACGCGGCCCCGAGCCCCGUGCCCCCUGGCCCGGACGCCUCCACCUGCCCGCACUGGGACGCGUGGUCCUCCUCGCCGUCUUGCCUCCUGCCCCUGCUCUGGUUUCAAACAAAACACAUAAACGCGUUCAGACAGCUGA